UUCGCAAAGCCCUUUAGAGAAGUUUACUGAUCGACGGUUUUAGAGUUCGAAUUUCAGAGAAAAUGUCUCAUUAUUCACCGAGAUUCAACAGUGGAUCGAUGGGAUCCCACUGGAGACGGGGAGGCCAGCAAAACCCCCCAGGCAGGUUCCCUCCUGCACACCCGACUGUCUUCCACGGGGAAAUCGAGAGACUCAACUACCUCCUGGAAAUGGAGAGAGCAGGAAGGGACCAAAAACUGUCCCACCUGGAGGCCGAACUGGAAGAGACGAAACUCCAGUUAAAAAAACAGAAAGAUCUCAAGGAAACUUUCAUCAACCAGGCCAAAGAGGCAAAAAGGGAACUUGAGAGAUUAGAGAAGUUCAGUGACCCAGCAGUCCUUAACGCUGCGGUCACUGCUUCCAAGGUUCACAGCGAAGUGAAACACAUGAAUAAGAAGUCCUUACAACAAGACUUUGAGGAGUUGAAGGUGGCCCACCUCCUCAGCCGGGAAGCUUUUGUAGCUGAAAUUCAGGCUGAGAGAAAGAAAAGUGCGGCGCUGCAAGAACAACUGGACCAACUCCAGACUUCCUUCCAGGAGCUGAGCUCCAAACAUGAAGCCGACGAUGCUCUGCUGAGGAAGGAGGAAGAGACACAAAAGAUUCAUGAAGAGAGGCUUCAUGAGGAACAACAACUGCUGGAGAACCUGAGAGCCGAAAAGGACAAAAUGUUUCAGGAAAUGUCCCAAAAGAUCAAGUUCUUGCAAGACAGUGAGAAACAUCUGCAAGAAGAACUGGUUCAGCUCAGACGUUCAUAUGAGGAACUGAACGGUAAAUAUGAAAGAUAUCAGGAGGAGCUGAGAGAUGAGAAAGAUGCCAACACUGAAAGAGAGAAGGAGAACCUGCAGCUGAUCAAAGACCUGAGAGCUGAUAAAGAGGAGCUCUCCCAGAAACUGUCAGGAGAAAUCACCAUCCGACAGAAGAGGGAGAAGCUGAUGCUCCACGAACUGGAUCAAGUUCACGGUUCAUACGAGGAGCUAAAAUGUAAAUAUGAAAAAGACAUAAUGGAAAUACAGCAGCAGGUCGAGACAUGCGAGAUGAAGAUCAAGCAGGAGGAAAUCGCUCGAUCAAACAGGGAACAGAAAGAGAAUAUUAUCCAUGAGAGAAAACUUUCUGCGAUGCAACAACUCCAAAAACUUCAGCAGCAGAUAAAAGAAGAAAGAAAAGUUCACCUGAAGAAAAGAGAGGAGGACAAGAUGAGUCUGGAUAAACUGAGAGCAGAGAAGGAGGAGCUCCUCCAAACAAUGUCAGAAGAAAUCACCAUCCUGCAAAACAGGGAGAAGCAGAACCUCCAAGAACUGGAUCAGGUUCAGGUUUCAAACCAGGAACUAAAAUCUAGGUUUGAAACAGAAAUCAUGAAUUUACAGCUUGAGGUUGAAACUCACCAGCAGCAGUUAAAGGAGGAAAGAAAAGAUCACCUAAAGAAAACAGAGGAGGACAAGAUGGUUCUGGACAAGCUGAGAGCUGAAUAUGCCAUCCUCCAGGAAAACACCAAAACUGAGAUCAAAUUCCUGCAGGAGAAGGAAAGGAGCAUCCAGGCUGAGCUGGACGAGGUAAACAGUUUGUACCAGGAUCUAAACUGUCGCUAUGAAACUGAUGUCACUGCAAUAAAACACCAAGCAGAAACAUACCAGCAGGAGAUCAGUUUUCUGAAAAAUGAUCUAGAAACAGCAAGAAAGGAUUUAAUGCUGGCUGACAGUCUGAGAGCUGAAGAGACGGAGGAAAACUCUGGGAACCAAGAACACCUGGUUAAAGUAUCGAGUCCAGAGGUUUCUGCAGAGGAGGAACUUUCAGGAGAACCUUUAUCUGGUUGUUCCUCUGAAUCCCCAGAAGAGACCAAGGUGUCUGCAGAAACUGUCCUGGAGGAUCUGAACCAUCCAGACACCGAAACAAUGAAGGAUGGCAAAAAGAAAAAAUCCAGAAUUUCAUUCUGGAAGAAAGUCCGAAACACUCUGUGGUGGAAGAAGCCGAAAAAGAAACAAAACAGAGAAGAACAUCAAGAACAAGCCUAAAAGUCUUGAUUAUGAUAUUUAGAGGAGGAGAAAGACGUGCAGGAGUCGAACCGAGGACUGGAAUCGAACGUGUGGAGGUUGUAGCCUCUGUGAACGGAGCGCCAUGCCACGCUCUGUCAGGACCAGGUUUAAAAAGUUUUACCCCUUUGACAAACUAGAAAAUAGAUCCCUUCCCAACCCAAUUGGAAAAAACGAGGGCAGCACGGUGGUGCAGCGGUUAGCGCUGCGCCUUCACAGAGACCAUC